CUCUUUGUGUGCCGCGCUUCGACGGUGUCUUCGAGAAACGCGCCCUGGCCUCGCUGCAGCCUCCGCAGUGGGGCUCGGUUCGGGGUGUCUGCGGCAGAACAAUGUAACGCCGCUUUUGUGAAGUGCCCGAGGAGGCGGCAACUCGAGAGCCGCAGCCGAUUUGGGCACUUCGUGCAGCAGCAAACCAUGGACAACUUUUUAAAAAAGCCCGUGACGUGCAUUCUCACCCGAUUGAGGGACAAAUGUUGACGAGGGCUCUGUGGAGGUAGGGUGCAACAGGGAAAGUCUUUGUAAACACACACACACAUCUGCCGAUGCUGGAAAUCCAAAGCAACACACACAAUGUUGGAGGAAUUCCGCAGUUCGGGCAAAAUCUAUGGAAAUGAAGACAGUGGACGUUUCUGGUUGAAUCUCUUCAGAACUGGGAAGGAAGAAGGAAAAACGCCAGAAUAAAAGAAACUUUACUCCUGAAGAGAUGGAUAUUUACUAUACAUUGUGCGCAACUUGAUGACAGCUAAAGAAAAUGGAUUAUUUCCAGACUGAUGCUACACUAUCGCAAAAACAUCCUUCCUCCAAAAAAUCUAAUGGAGAUGAUACAUUGCUGCCUUUUCCAAGCCAGAACUGGAGUUACUUUGAGUCCUUCAUAAAUGAAAAUAAAGAAGAAUUUUUAGAUCUUUGCACAAUAAGUGAUUUUUCAACUAACUUAUUAAGUGAGGAAGGCAGUGACAGUUUUUUGUUUGAUGAAUCAACAUUAAAUAGUGAUGUCUGUUCACUGAAAAUACGAUAUGAAUCUUUUCAGGACAAUAUAAAAGAUAAAACUAAUGUUCAUGCUCAUCAAGAUGAUGCACAACUCCAAUUUUUUCCCAGCAACUGUUGUAAUGGAAUGAAAAAAGGGGAGGAAACUCUCCUAAAAAAAACUGCUUCUGCUCAAGAAGAGAAAAGGGAACAUGACAAUCCAGAAUGUCACACUUUGUGUCAAUUAGAGAGUAAAAGCUGUCUUCUGUCUGGUGCUUUUAUGGAUGACUGGAAAGGUGCUGAGAGUUCACUGGAUUCAGUCUGUUCAUCCUCAGUUCUCAAUGAAGAUCAAGGAAAUUGGAAGCUUUUAAAGAAAAGUGCAGAUAGGUAUUCAAAUCAAACCAAUUACACUUUGAGGGCUAAACGCCAGAUACGGUACAAUGAUGAUUAUUUAUAUGACAUUGAUUCCCUAGACACCAUAAAAACACUAGGGAAAAUAGAUCAAACUACAGAUACUGCAAAGGAGGAUGAUGAUGACUGGUACCCGAGAAAACGGAAGAAAGCUGGCAAAAAAGAGCCACCUGUAAUUAUCAAAUACAUUAUUGUCAAUCGGUUCAAAGGGCACAAAAACAUGCAUGUAAAAAUUAGUCGAUUAGAUUGUACUGAGCAACAGGUAUUAUUGACUGACGAAAUAGUAAAAAAAUAUAAAAAACUUUCGCCACUUAAGGAAUUUUGGUCUCCAGUUCCUAAAUGUAAUAAAUAUAACCAAGAAAAAAGUGAUGGGAAAUUAAAAAUCUGCUCAGAUGCUGGUACAUCUUAUAUGUUUUUUGCUUCUAAAAAUAAAAAACAACGAACACUUGCAAAUGGCACGUCAUCAGUUAAAAUAGGGCACUCUUUGAAUCAUCAAAAAAAUAGUGUAAUUGAAACAGUUGACUCAAACACAGAAGUACCCAAGAAUGUACAAAAGUAUGAUAAGUCUGUUUAUGAAUUUACAGAUGAAAUAGAAUUAAAGCGUAUCACUAUUCGGACCGUAAGUAAGCCUGGUUGGUUAAGAGACAUGCAGCAAGAAGAUUCACUACAAAAGUUAAAGAAACAAAACAUACUUUCAAGGGAAAGGAGAACAACUGCUCAGGAUGGUAAGGAAACUAGUGAUAGAAAUUACUUAGAAAAACCUGACGAAAACUCUCAAGUCCUAAAUGCAGAUAUGCACAAAGUUCAAGGUGAGUGGAAUUCUGCUUCUGAUUCUUUAGGUAACUGCAAUACCACCAAUAUGCAUUCUUCAAUAGUUCGUAAUAAAAUAGAAACUUCUAGGGAGUUACUUUCUCUAGAUCCAGCCAGCAGUCCAGGCUGCCCUGUACUGUCUGUUUACAGUAUACAUUCUGCUCCAGAAAUCCUUGGAGGAUGUUUCCGAUCUCUGCUGGAUGGCGAUGAUUUUGCUGUUAAUGAAAAUUUCCAAAUUUCCCCACAGGAUUCCAGUACUGGUCAGCAGUUCAAUGAAGAUGUAACAGCGAACCCAUCUUCUUCACGGCAAAGACAAAUUAACAUAUCCACAAGAUGCAGUAGUGGUGAAUCAAAUAUCCUUAAGUUGGAAGUUGAACCAAACAUCCAUGAAGCUUGCAAUUUAGAGACUAUUCAAAAUGUACAUCAUCACAGAGUAAUGAACAAAGAGUUAUAUUCCACAGGUGAAGUUAGCUCUGAAAAUGACAAAGCUAAGAAUCAAUUAAAUAUUAACAAAAGUGCAAAUCAAUGUGGCUUGAAGAUGUACAGUUGUCAAAAUGAAAUAAAUGCCAACUUCACCCAGAAAGUAAGUGAAGAAACAAAACAACUCUUUACUUCAAAAGACACCCUCCGCAUUUUAGAUAUUUCAAGUUUUACCCCUGGAAAAGCAAAACCAACAUGUAGCUCUGAAUUUUCAAAAGGAUGUACAGCAGAAAUUCCCUCCAAUGUGAUAAAAUCUAAUGCAAAUUCUUUGCAGCAGUGCAGCCAAAAUCAAUUUGCCAAGAAGGCUACAUCUCUAAAUGAAUGUUCAGAACAAUUUCAGAUCCACAGUGAAGUAUUUUCUACGACUGUCAAGAGUCAAAGUGAGCCCACAUCUGUUUCAUUCUCGCCACGUGCACAAUCUUCUAAUCAGUUACAAACUUUUGAUCAUGUGAGUUCAAUGAAUUAUAAAUAUCCCAAAGUUAAUAAAACUUCCAAAGUUAAUAAGACAAUAAAUAACUUUAGAAAAAGACAUGGAAAAUCAAAUGCAAAGCAAUGGGACAGAAGAACUAUUCAAAAGUACAAAUAUCACAAUAAUGAGAUCAAACCCACUAAAAUUGAGAAAGAUAGUAUCUUACCAGAAAGCUAUAUAGGUUUAGAAUACUUUUCAGAUACAUUAUAUGCAAAUCAAAAAAAGCAGCCUAAAAGCGCAUGUAAACCCACAAAAGGGUUUACUAAUAAAGAUUUAGAAAUGUGUACAAAACUUGUGAAGAAAGGUUUGAUGAGUGCAAGAAACAAGCUCUCUAUAAAGGAAGAAAAGUUGAAUGCAAAAGCUAAAUGUUGGAUUGCUCCUGCAGAGUCUUAUGGGUAUGUAUCUAGUAACAUCCCUAGAGGAAGCAGAUUAUUGACUAGAGAUCACAGAGAAUUUGAGGAACCUGGUAAUAUUCUUUCUAACAUAGUCUCUGGAAUGGCAGCUGUUAAGCAAUUUAUGAUGGCUUCAGUGAACCAAUCUUAAAUCAGGGAGAAGUUGUUCUUUCUGCUGUUAAUCAGUAUAUGGAAGUGCAAAGUUGUUCCAAAUGGAAACCCAAAUCAUUUCAGAUGUUGCAUGUUGGUACAAAAGACUUAAAAAAAAUAAACCACUGCGUGCUUCUGAAUGUACCCUAGACAAUGUGGGUUUUGUUAAUUACCCUGUCAGUCAUGUUGCAACUUGCUGCGUUCAAAGCGUCUGCUUCUGACACACAAAUAGCUGACUGCAGCUGUACAAGCAAUGCACUUUGUGAAUGAAGAGGGAAAUUAUAUAUCAUUUGACAGUUUUAUUAUCUCCUACUCAAAAUACUGGUGAUAUGUCUUGUUAUACUUGGAGCCUUUAUUCAGCAGAUGUCCCUGUUAAGUGAAUUUUAACAUACCAGAUUAUUUUGAGACUACCCACCAAAAUGUAGAAUAUCGUAUUUAGAUGUGGUAUGACAACUGCAGAAUAUUUCAUGGUGCUAUCUCUUUAAGAAAAGUUUACUUUUUGUUACGUUUAAUAAAACAAUAAUCUAAGACUUUUUGAAAGCAUAUAAAAUGGGAUUUGCUGCCAACUUCUCCAAUGCAACAUUUUUUGAAUAUUAUCUUAAGAGUAAGUUUGGAAUACAUUUUGAUGUAUUUAGAAUUCAAUUUUUGUACUUUUUCAAAUCUGCAGAUUUUAUAUUGAGAAUGCUCACAUUAAUAAUCAAGCAUUACUGCCUAGCUUUACUGUAAAUUUAAUCAAUUACCCAGUUUAAAUGUUUUAUUAUAAAAUUAUCCUUUUGUCAAAUCUGCAUCUUUAUGACUUUUAAGAAUCAAGUAAAGUCAAAUAUUUUAUGCUGUUAACCUGAGGUAAAACACUUUAUUGUUUUAUUAGGAACAUUUUCACCAGAUAAAUUUUAGAAGAUCUGAAAUGAAAACUGAAAAUAUUUCACAGUGUGAAAGCAUUGUGCAAUAUGAUUUUGCUCUUCCACUGUAAAUAGCAAAGCAAUCUAUUUUGAUUUAUUUGAGAAAUUUUUAUUGUGGAGAUUUGCUUAACCUUGUGAAUUGCAAUCUAUGUUAACCUCUUUAUUUUAUUUCCCUUAAGAGCAUGAAAGCUAAAUUGAUGUCUUAAGGAGAGUAGAAUUAAAAAUAGGUUUGAAAUGUUUUCAUAGCUUGUGGAUAUGUAUAUAGAAAAAAGAGAUUGGAAGUUCAAAUUGCUGGGAUGGAAAGGAAAAGGGGACACGUUUAAAACCAUCUCUUUGUAAAGUAGCACAUUAAACCAAUGCAUUGUGCUUCAAUUUCAUAAUAUCACAAUUUGUACAGUUUAAUAAUUUCAUUUCAGGUUGAUGGAAAAAAGGUAAUUUGUAUUUUAUAAUUUAAGUCAUUAAUUUUGUAGAAUUUUUAAAUUAUGAUUUAAAUUUCUAUCUUAUCGGGAAGUAAUUCAUUCUUGUCUGAAUUCAGUGAAAGGAAAACUAAAGCAGUGAAAUUAUAGUUUGUGAUUAUUGACACACACUAAUAAGUCACUUAAAAUUUCAAUAUUUAGGGGUAGCUAAUAAAGAUGCAAUACUUAGAAUUGUAGGUGGAACUUUCAUUAACUGCAUUUGCUCAGGCAGUUAAUGACGGAAUCCGAAAGGUUCCUCUAAUUCAUCUGCAUCUCUAGAAUCUGAAAGUUUUGUGAAGUACAUUAUAGAGCAGCAAAGUGUUGCAGCAAAUAGAAUUGCUGUCAUACAGACUCAAAAACCUGUGUAAAGUUCGGAACUCCUGCACUGUCACACUUUCCCUCUAAUGGUAUAGAUAUCCUCUGCAUGCUCUGGUUUCCUCCCAUAACCCAAAUCCAUGCAGGUUGGUUGUAAAUUUAUUAGUCACCAUAAAAUGUCCCUUGUAUGUAGGUGUGUAAAAUCUCAAGGGGGGGGUUGAUGGGAACAAGGGGAGAAUGAAACUAAACCAUAAAACAUAGGAGCAGAAUUGGGCCAUUCGGCCCAUCAAGUCUACUCUGCCAUUCCAUCAUAGCUGUUUUAUUACCCCUCUCAAACCCAUUCCCCUGCUUUCUCCCCAUACCCUUUGACACCCUGAUUAAUCAAGAACCUCAACUUCCACUUUAAAUAUACCCAAUAACUUGUCCUCCACAACCAUCUGUGGCAAUGAACUUCACAGAUUCACCACCCUCCAGCUAAAGGAAUUCUUUGUCAUCUCUGUUCUAAAGGGACAUUCUUCAAUUCUGAGUCUGUGUCCACUGGUCCUGGACUCACUCACUACAGGAAACAUCCUCUCCACAUCUACUCUAUCUAAUGAAGUCAAACUCACAUUUUGGUUCAAUUUGUCCUGUAAGAUUUCUGAUUGGUUAAGACAUCAUGCCACUUUUUAUUGUCUUGGUCACUCAAGUCUCCAAUGUAACUCAGCUUAGUUUCCUGUUCUAAAGCCCACUAAAGAUGAGUACCAAGGGCAAUGCAAUGAACAGCUGGUGUAAUUCAUUUUUGUCAUGGACUCCAAAAUGGACUGAAUAUUAUAACUGAGGAGCAUACAUAUCUGCACAAAAGCAUAGGUAGGGAUUAUCAGGCUAAUAUUUGUCAAAAUGCAGUGGACUCUUGCAAAUUAACAAUAGCAGUUAACAAAUUUGUCAACGUCUUCAGCAUAGAACUAAUAUUAACUGUUCUUCAAAUUGCAGAAUACAAAUAUUGAUAUCAUGUGAUCUUCUAAACCCAUUCCAGUUUUCUUUAGUCAUGCUUUUAUUUUCCUUUACGCUUUGAAUGCAAUUAUUGAAUCAACCUCCAAUGUGCUUGUAUGUCAAUUGUCAUAAUUAAUUUUUGCUUUAAUUUUCAUAUUGAUUCUUGUUAAUUACCUGAAAUCUCACCACAAGCAACUGUUUAUCUUUAUUUGCAAAAAGCCCUUCAAUUUUUAGCACUUUUGUUUCAAGUAUAGCAAUCACGGCUACUUUGGUCUGCCCAGGUGACUUAAGCCUCUCUGGUAUGCUUAUAGCCUUUCCUAAACAAUAGUGUCCUAAAAUUAUACACAGUGACAUACAAAAGUUUGGGCACCCCUGAUCAAAAUUUCUGUUACUGUGAAUAGAUAAGUGAGUAGAAGAUGAACUGAUCUCCAAAAGUCAAAUUUAAAGAUGAAGCAUUCUUUUCAACAUUUUAAGCAAGAUUAGUGUAUUAUUUUUGUUUUGUACAAUUUUAGAGUGGAAGAAAAAAGCAAAAGAGCAUCAUGCAAAAGUUUGGGCACCCCAAGAGAUUUGAGCUCUCAGGUAACUUUUACCAAGGUCUCAGACCUUAAUUAGCUUGUUAGGGCUAUGGCUUGUUCACAAUCAUCAUUAGGAAAGGCCAGGUGAUGCAAAUUUCAAAGCUUUAUAAAUUCCCUGACUCCUCAAACCUUGUCCCAACAAUCAGCAGCCGUGGGCUCCUCUAAGCAUCUGCCUAGCACUCUGAAAAUUAAGAUAAAUGAUGCCCACAAAGAAGGAGAAGGCUAUAAGAAGAUAGCAAAACGUUUUCAGGUAGCCAUUUCCUCAGUUCAUAAUGUAAUUAAGAAAUGGCAGUUAACAGGAACUGUGGAGGUCAAGUUGAGGUCUGGAAGAUCAAGAAAACUUUCCGAGAGAACUGCUCGUAGGAUUGCUAGAAAGGCAGAUCAAAAUCCCCGUUUGACUGCAAAAGACCUUCAGGAAGAUUUAGCAGAAUCUGGAGUGAUGCUGCACUGUUCUACUGUGCAGCGACACCUGCACAAAUAUGACCUUCAUGGAAGAGUCAUCAGAAGAAAACCUUUCCUGCGUCCUCACCACAAAAUUCAGCGUCAGCAGUUUGCAAAGGAACACCUAAACAAGCCUGAUGCAUUUUGGAAACAAGUCAUGUGGGCUGAUGAAGUUAAAAUAGAACUUUUUGGCCGCAAUCAGCAAAGAUAUGUUUGGAGAAAAAAGGGUGCAGAAUUUCAUGAAAAGAACACUUCUCCAACUGUUAAGCAUGGGAGUGGAUCAAUCAUGCUUUGGGCUUGUGUUACAGCCAGUGGCACGGGGAACAUUUCACUGAUAGAGAGAAGAAUGAAUUCAAUUAAGUACCAACAAAUUCUGGAAGCAAACAUCUCACCAUCUGUAAACAAAAACGAAGAUGAAAAGAGGAUGGCUUCUACAACAGGAUAAUGAACCUAAACACACCUCAAAAUCCACAAUGGACUACCUCAAGAGGUGCAAGCUGAAGGUUUUGGCAUGACCCUCACAGUCCCCUGACCUAAACAUCAUCGAAAAUCUGUGGAUAGACCUCAAAAGAGCAGUGCAUGCAGGAUGGCCCAAGAAUCUCACAGAACUAGAAGCCUUUUGCAAGGAAGAAUGGGCGAAAAUCCCCUAAACAAGAAUUGAAAGACUUAGGCUGGCUACAGAAAACGUUUACAAGCUGUGAUACUUGCCAGAGGGGGUGUUACUAAGUACUAACCAUGCAGGGUGCCCAAACUUUUGCUUCGGGCCCUUUUCCUUUUUUGUUAUUUUGAAACUGUAAAAGAUGGAAUUAAAAAAGUAAUCUUGCUUAAAAUAUUAAAGAAAUGUCUCAUCUUCAACUUUAUGCCUUUUGGAAAUCAGGUCAUCUUUUACUCGCUCAGCUAUUCACAGUAACAGAAAUUUUAUCCAGGUGUGCUGUGCCCAAACUUUUGCAUGCCACUGUAUUUAUCCUCUGAGGUUUAACUAACAAUUUAAAAAAUUUGGCAUUGCUUCCCUGUUCUUGUAUUCUAUGCCAAUUUUUUAAUCCAGGGAUCCUGUAUGCAGUUUUAAUAACCUUAUUUGGUAUGUUUUGCAACAUUUUAGAGUGACAGAAAUCCAAGAAAUGCAUUGCUGGAGGGCAGGGAUUGGUUCCUCUUAACUCAGACUUCACAUACUGUAGUAUGGUGAAUAAUCUAUUGCAUUAUUUUUUUUCUACUUUAAAUUCAGAUUUUACUUUCUGAUUCAAAGCAUAUUUCUUCAAGGAGGAUUUUUUUUUUAAAUUCUGUUACAUUCAAUGUAUAUUACUGAUGUUUGACAAUGCAGAACCUAAGGCCAUGCUAUUAAAUGAACUUGAUUUUAAGUAACUUAGAUAUCCAUGGAAUUCCCUUCACUUAUAUUAUUUUUUAAAAUGUCAGUCUUAUUUAAUAAAACCACUGGUGCCUUGUUCUUCUAAACGACACAUGGUUAGGUUUGAUUGGAAAUAAGAUUGAAUAUCAAAUAGGGAAUACUCUGUGCUUUACUAAAUAGUGCCGAAGAUAUAAAGAAAACAGACUGGCACCUUGAUGGUAAAGAUAUUCCAAAGUUCUUAAUGAUAUGAGAAAUAUGGAUGAAGUACAGUGGCUGUAAAGUAUUUGUGCAGAAUAUUGGCUAUGAAUUAUAAUGGGUAGUGUGCAAUGGAAUUGGAAAAGUUGGAUUGUCUUCCCUUGUAUGUGUGAGAUGAUAUGCCACAGCUGGGUUUCCGACACUCAGUGACCUCUUAGAAUAUAAGAAGAAAUUGAAGUUGGAAUUACCCAAACAGAUCUUCUGCUUGUGCCAUCAUCCAAUAAGAUUAUGGCUGGUCUUUCACCUUAGCACCACCUUACUACACCAACUACAUAAUUUCUUGCUCCCCUUAAAAUCUAAAAUUCUAUAAAUCACAAAGAUGCACCACAGCCCUCAUUGGUAGAGAAUUCCAAGGAUUUAUUGUACUCUGGGAGACACAAUGUAAGCACCUCAUUUACCUGGCACAUUGCAGCCUUUAAUACCAUACACCUUGUAACUGAAUUUUUGCAUUUAUCAGUCUUCCACAUGUGAGAUUGACUUAGUUUGUUUUUUUACCCCCUCGGGGAGUGGACCACAUGCCCAGCCUGACUUUCCUUCUCUGUAUUUUGCAACUUCGAAAUAUUUUUGUCUAUAUUCGCCUGUUUAUGUUCAUGCUUUCUAACUAUUCCCAUUCACUCAAUGACCAUCUAACAUUGUUUCAGCUUAUUUCUAUGGUUGCCCUGGUUUUAGCCGGUCAGACAUUCUCCUCCUUGCACCUUUGAAAUUUUAACAAAGGGUCUUCAACUGAAGUGUUGACUGAGUUUCUCUUCCCACAGAUGUGGCUUGAAAUGCUGAAUAUUUCCAGCAUUUUCUGUAUUUAUUCUAUUCUUAUGCUAUCCCCAGGCUUAUGGUUAAUACACAACUAAUUAUGAAAUCAACUGUAAAUACUUAACCCAAUAAAAAUAUAUAUUUUUAUUUUAUUAUAAGGAAUAGCUAACAGAUAACAUUACAAUAAAAUUAAUUUGAAGGGACUGGGUUAAUUGUACAUCUUAAAGUUUGGACAUAUCCUAUAUUUAUUUGGAGUAGUCAGUUAUUAAACCACUACACUACCUUAAUAGACAAUGAUUCAUUCCUACACUUCUGUUUUCUGCAAAGGAAAGGGAAAUUCCCAUGUUGUGCUUGAGUUCAGGUGCUCAAAUUUGGGACAUGCAGGCUCUGUUUAUGAGUAUGAUGGAAUGUUGAAUCUAUUAAAGAUUUGUUUAUAUUGUGUAAAGAACUGCUGUAGCAAUGUUUACUUAAAUCCUUUGUAGGUCUAAAUGAGUAGCAUCACUCCAACUCUACUACGGGCUUCAGAGUUUGCUUCCAAAUGAAUUAUUUUACUCACUUUUCAGUCCAUUUUUAACGUAUAGGUUUAAUUUUAUUCACUUUCUAUUUUCUUCAACACUUCACCUUCAUCUCACCUAAAUUUCUCGCAGAAUUCUGAUCCUAUUUCUUACCAAAUUUUCCAAACAAUAUAUCACAUAAGCAUAAAUUCCUUUACCUCAUUAUAAAGAAGUAUCUCUAUUCGAUUUUUAUUUGACAAUGGUGUCUUUAAUAUAAACCACAGAUCAUAUCAACUUUCUGUAUGGUUCUCUCCAUUCUUGGAUAGGAAGAAUUUGCUAUCUUAUUUGCAACUGUCUGCAUGAUAUUGAGGAAGCACUUUUCAUGGUUCCAACACAAUUAAGUAUGUUUAUCUAUAGGUGAUUUUUCACCUCACAUUUAUUUUUGAGUAUUGUUAAGGUCUCAAAAACUUGUUUUCAUCAUCCAGUUAUAUUAAGACUCCUAGGUUGAUCACUCUUAUGGAUACCAUGCUAACCUUGUUAAAUUGUUAAUCUUUCUUCAAUCGCUGUUCUAUACAGAUAGGCAAUCUCAUAUGAUCUUAGAAUCAAUGUUUGCAUUUCUUGGGAGUUCUAUGUUUUUCUUUAGGAUGGACUACUUAAACUGAAGAUCAUUUCUGAAAACUUACUGAAUGGUUUUGAAAAUACAGUUGCUCCAGUUUUGCUUCACCUGACUAACCAAGAUCUAAUUUAAUAUUUUUAUUACUUUCACUAUUUUCACUUCUCUUGAUUUAAAACUGCCAUAUUGCCGCAAACUUUAUUCAUACUAUGCCUAUUAGCUUUAUUAUCACCCUUUCCCCCCAAAUUUAUCAAAUGGUCCAAGUGUUUAAAAUAACAAAAUUGAUUGUAAAGCAGGCAGUUAGAGCUUAAAGUGUUCAUUGCCAUGUGAUAUUUAAAAAAAACACAUUAUAAUCCAUCAUGGCAUAGUAUUUAUGUCAAUGGUAUGUUUCUUAAUAUCAGAUUACUCUUGAUCUUUGGCAUUUAGCGCAAACAAAACUUCAAAUUCCAAUUUAAUAACUUGUAAGAUGUAAAAAAAGAUUAGCAUACAUCUCCCAUAUUAUUGACCAUUUCAUUAACUGUGUAAAAAUGAACAGCAGAACUCCUAACAAAUCAUAGCAACUGAUUUUUCUUUUCCAUCAGUCAAACAGAUCCAGUGGUAGAGACUGGAAGUCAUUGGUCCAAAGUUACUUGAUACUUCUGGCGUGCUGCACCACAUCAUACCCUGAAUUAUUUAUAUUUUAUCACAAUAUCUGAAAGAAAGCCUAUGCAUUUAGAAUAAUGUUUCAAAAUCUGUAUUCUAGUGAGUUUAUUCCAUGGAUUAACAAAACUAAUUCAGUGAAAUAUGUUUAUGUUGAUUUAUUUUCUUCUUCUCAGGUAUAUUUAAAUCAUUUCUUAUUAGAAUUAUAUAGUCACAUAGUCAAAGAACUAUGUCAUUAGGUGCCUCCUUAAGGAAGAGCUUGUAAUUAAGUUUCCAGUAGAAUAAAACAAGUCUUUACUUGAUAACACUUUUUGACAUAAAGUAGUUGUUCUGUAUGCAUAAAUUCUUUUGUUCAAUUCCUAGCAUCAGCUUGGAUAUGUAAAAUAUUCCUUCCUGAAGAUUUAUAAAUCAUAUUAAUUAGCACGAAUUUCUUAUAAAAAUAUUUCAAGAAACAUAGAGAAAAUCAAAUUUGUUACAUGUGCUGGGAUAUUUAUCUCUUAAUUUUGUUCUAUAGACCUAAAGUAUGCUACCAAAGAUACUAUGUUACUAAACAACAUUUUAAAACUAGUGUUUUUUAAAUGGUAAGUGUAUAAAGUUAAUUUGUCACUACCCCUUAAUAAUUCACAUUAUUUUAAUAACAAUAAGUUUAUGAUGGUCUUUGUUGGUAGUGGCUUGCAUAUUGAUUUUAGUACAAAAUAAGCUCUGGAAAUUAGUGAUUUUGUAGCAAUUGCAUUCUUGAUCCAUGUAAAAGGUUUCAAGUCUACAUUAUCAAAAACAUAAGCUGGAGCAAAUAACUAAAUCUUUGGAGGUAUUAUUUAGCAUGUUCAGAAAUUCAGAGGCAUUUUCAUAGCUAUUACAAAUAUAACUUGUAGAAAUUUGAUUUUGUUUUAACUGGUAACUUAAGCAAGUAGCAUCCUUUACUAUAGAGGAAAAUUGGCACCUUAAUUUGUAUUCAACUAUAAUCUAGAUUGACAGUGCAGUAUAGAAGCGCUGCAGUGUGUUUCUAAUGUGAUAGUAAAUUAAGCGUCUGACUGCCUGCGCAAGUGACUGCAAAACAUCUCAAAGUACUAAUCAAAACUACUGUAUACAUAUUCCUCCCUCAAACAAUGCCAUCACAAUCAAAAUUGUCCUGAAUAUGCAUUUUCUAUUCAGGUGUAAAGUACGUGAGAUAUAUCAAUGAUAUGAUACAUUAAGUGUAUAUUUCUUCCAUAGUAAUAAAUUUUCAGUAAAUAUUUAAAUCUUUUGUGUUUUAUACCUUUAGGUCAUAAUCUUUUGUACAAAAGAGACUAAAUUUUGUAUCAAAUCCUGCUGACUUGAAAUAAUUUUAAGGCUAUUGAAAAUCAAAAAUCAUACAGAUGCUGGAAAUCUGAAAAAAAUUGCAUGGAUACAGUAAGACUGUUGAUGUAGUACAUUAGUAUUUCUGAUAUGUUUUGUUGUACUUUAAAAAUAUGAAUUAUGACAAUUACACCAUAUUUACAACCAUUCCAAACUUUUAUGACAUAGCUUUAGUACAGGCAGUAUGUCCUUCACAGAGUUCAACCUUUAUUAUUUUUGGAGAAAUCAAGGGAGUCAUCUGGAUGUGAUACCCAUCUUAGGAGCAAAAGUUGCACAGGCAAAAUUUGUAUCUGCUGGAGUAACAAAAAUGCAGAGUGAUUAAUUGGACCAUGUAAGAACAUGUGGAAUCUUCACUGGGUAGAUAUAGAGAGAAAGUUUCCUCAUAUGGGAGAAUCUAUUAUUAGUGGUCACAAUUUUCUUCAAAAUCUUGAGGUCACCUCUUUAAAUGGAGUAGGGUAGAAUGUUACUAAGGGCAAGUAUGAAUGUGGACUUGAGGUUGCAAUCAGAUCAUUUGUAACCCUAUUGAAUAGUAGAGCAGGUUUGAGCAGCUAAGCCUACUCUUGCUCAGAUUAUUUAAACUGAUGAAACAAUUAUGAGAGUAUAAAAACAAGUGUUGAAGGAGGCCAUAAUGAACAGGUUUUGUUUCUUGUGAUAGAGGAACAAGAUACUGAAUCUUUGAAGUGGUGCCAGGGAUACUUAAGAGAAGAUGUGACCUCAAAAACUCAACUAAAACAAUGGGGUCAUCUAAUAAAAUAUUUGAAUAUUGCUGUAAAUAUUUGUGCUGAAAAUAUCUGAAUGGGGUUUGAGCCCUCAAUGUUAUAAGAAAAUAUCAACUGAGCCAAAGUGGAAUAGAAUAGUGUAUUUCCAGUAAUAAAUUUCAUGACUAAACCAUUUAUUUGAAAUGUAUGAUUUAGCCAUAUUUUUACAUUUCAAUCUUAUAGCAUUAUCAUCAAUAUUUAUGUUUUGAAGUAGUGAUUUAUUUGUGUACUUUAAUUUCAAGUUUUGUAGUAUAUUUGGAAUCUAAUUCAUACAUACUUUAUGAUUAAAUAUUACUACUUGACUAGGUUUUAGUAACCUAUUUGACACCUUGCCAAAUAAAACAUUCCCUGUUUAUGCAGUUCUAUUAAGUGCAACAUUCUAUAAAUGAACCAUCUCAGAAUAUUUUGUAUUGUAUCAUUGAGCUUGCAAAAGAUUUUAGGAGUAAAAUUAUAUCAGAGAUAUUUAGUAAAACCAUCAAAAAGAGAAAACUGUGAAUACCUUUAUCCAUUUUAUAUAUGAUGAUAUUAUUAGGUAUUUUAUAAAAUUUGUUCAGACGUGAGCUGCCUCUACUCAGGGUAAUAUAGUAGAAGAUGAACAACUACUGAAUUUUAGAUUAUACAUACUUUAUUGUAGAAACACAUUCAAUAACAUUUUUCUAACUUGCUUUCAAUGAUGAAAGAGGACAAUGUAACAAUAUUCAGUAAUUAAAUGUCCUUUUUAUGAUCUAUAAUCAGUUAUUUUGUAACUAUUUUCUAUUGAUUAAUUUGUACAAUCAUUUGUUACAUGGCAUGUUUUUCAAAAGGCCUGGUCAAAUAAAAUGACUUGUAUCUAGGAUGUGGGCUUUAUGUAUGUUAAUAAAAU